AUGCGCCGGGUUGUCAUCACAGGCCUCGGCGCCAUCACACCCCUUGGCGUAGGUGUUCGACGUUCGUGGAAUAGGCUGAUUGCUGGACACUCCGGCAUCGUAAGUGUGGCAGGGUUUGAACCACAGAAGAAAUGGCGCGACCUUACUAGCACCGUAGCUGGAAUUGUGCCAAAAUCGAGUACCGGUGAAGGUCAGUGGCGACCAGAUGACUGGCUGUCUGCCGCAGAUCAGCGCCGCAUGUCCGCGUUCACGCAAUAUGCGAUAGCUGCAACAGAAAUGGCUCUCAGUGACGCUGCGUGGAAGCCGCAUAAGCAGGAGGACCUGGAAUCAACUGGAGUCUGUCUAGGAAGUGGUAUUGGAAAUUUAGAUGAGAUAUACGACACUAGCCUCGCCUACGAACAAGAUGGCUACAAGAAGGUAUCUCCGCUCUUCGUCCCGAAGAUUCUCAUCAAUAUGGCAGCCGGGCAUAUCGCUAUGAGGUACGGCUUUCAGGGUCCCAAUCAUGCUGCAACGACGGCUUGCACUACAGGUGCGCAUUCUAUAGGAGAUGCCUCGCGCUUCAUUGCGUUUGGAGAUGCGGAUCUCAUGGUUGCAGGAGGGGCAGAAUCGUGUAUCCAUCCUCUCACAUUUGCUGGAUUUGGAAGAUCGCGUUCUUUAUCUACCGCUUUCAACAACGACCCGCCUUCGAGCUGUCGGCCAUUCGAUCGCCAACGCAACGGAUUCGUCGUCUCUGAAGGCGCAGCUGUUGUAGUUCUGGAGGAAUUAAAACAUGCGAAGGCUCGAGGCGCUCGAAUAUAUGCCGAGCUAAAGGGGUACGGGAGUAGUGGAGACGCUCACCACAUGACGGCACCUCGCGAAGAUGGAUCGGGGGCAUACCUCGCUAUGAAGAAGGCUCUAAAACAUGCCGGGAUCAAACCUCGUGAAGUCGAUUAUAUCAAUGCGCAUGCGACUAGCACUCCUGUCGGCGACAUUGCUGAAGCCCUUGCGAUUCGUUCGCUGAUGGUCGGUGAAGAAGGGUAUUCCAAUGAAAGCCAUGUUGCGGUUAGUAGUACCAAAGGAUCUAUAGGACACCUUCUCGGUGCUGCUGGUGCGAUUGAAGCUAUUUUUUCAAUUCUAGCGAUUACCGAGAACGUGCUUCCUCCGACAUUGAAUCUAGUAGAACCUGAUGUUGAGCCCAAGUUCAACCUUGUUCCUCUUGAAGCCCAAGAGAAGAAAGUCAACGUCACUUUAUCCAACAGCUUCGGUUUUGGCGGCACGAACGCAACAUUAUUCGCUCUGCUUAUGCGACGUGCCACCACAGCCACGGAAGUCCAAAAUGUCGCUACCUUCCGCCAGCUCGUCGCCGUCGGGUCUCCUCAACUUAACCAAAGAAGGGCUUUCAAGAGCACUCCCCGCCAAUUAGGCAUCCGCGACGCAAUCGCCAACGCCUUUACAAGAUCGGCCGAGCCUUAUCGAGUAGUGCAAGCUACUGAGGAUAUAUACAAAGCAUGCGCUCGCCAGGCGACAUACACAAUAUCCGCGAAAGAUAGGACAGCUGGGACAAUACCGAAGACGGCCGAAGGCGAGGACUUGGGCGAAGGGGGGACUAUGUGGCACAAGGAAUUCGGGCUCCCACCAACCUUCAGCACAUGGUCGCAAAUUACGAUGCUACACAUGUACCUAGUCUUCGCGCGGCUCCGUGACCUCGAACAAGAGUCGGCUCGAUUAUGGCAGCGGCAGCUCGUAGACCACUACUUCUUCGACGCCGAAGAAAAGAUGGAUUUAGUCCACGGCAUAAGCUCGCGAACUUUACGACACCGCUACCUUAAAGACUUGUUCGUGCAAUGGCGCGGCAUCAUAGCGGCUUACGACGAGGGCGUCAUCAAGGGUGACUCUGUACUGGCUGCCGCCGUGUGGCGCAACGUAUACAAGGCCCGGGAAGAUGUCGAUGUGCGCGCGCUGGCGGCCAUCGUUAGCUGGAUGCGGUUGUGCCUUCAGAUGCUGGAUAAGAUACCGGAUGAGGCGUUGUAUAUCCAGGCUAAGUCUGUUUUCAAGUGGAAUGCUAUAAGCGAAUUCACGCUCGUUGAUGCGCCUGUGAGGGAACUCGAGAAGGUCUUACAACCAACAAUAACGAAAGUUCCCGUGGGCGAUGCCGCGAAGGCUGUUGCAUAG